UUUGCCGAAGACACUCGGCUCUUUCCCUACUAUUAUGGAGAGAUUAAUGACGAGGGUACUCUGCAUUUCAGUUGUAGAGGAGAGAUUAAAACCGAAGUCUCUCGGCUCUUUUCGCACCGAGAAACGAUUAAUGCCGAAGUCACUCGGCACUUUCCGUACGGAGGCGCGAUUACAGCCGAUUCCCUGUUCUGCGCUCGCGACUCUGGCACAUCACUCAUUUAGCGUUGUUUUGGUCUUGACCUAUCCUACUUACAAGAUCUGCAUUUCGCUCCAAGAAAAUGGAAACAGCUAACCAGAUUGUGUCACUUGGGACAUUCCAAGUGCUUAAAUUACCUCUGGGAUUUAUCCGCGUUCUGGAAUGGCUUUUUGCCAUCUUUGCAUUUGCAACAUGUGGAGGUUACUCUGGGCAACUGCGGGUUAGUGUGGACUGCAUCAACAAGUCCGACAGCAACCUCAGUAUUGGCAUCAACUUUGCUUACCCAUUCAGGUUGAACCGGGUGGAAUUUGACGUGCCGAUGUGUGAGGGAAGGAGGCAAGAGCGACUAUACCUGAUCGGAGAUUUUUCUUCCUCUGCAGAGUUCUUCGUCACCAUUGCUGUCUUUUCCUUUCUGUACUCCCUGCUGGCCACAGUGGUCUACAUCUUUUUCCAGAACAAGUAUCGCGAAAACAACCGCGGACCUCUCAUUGACUUCAUAGUGACGGUGGUGUUCUCAUUUAUGUGGCUAGUGAGUUCAUCUGCCUGGGCAAAAGGUCUUUCAGAUGUGAAGGCGGCAACCGAUCCAGAUGAGGUGGUUCUGCUCAUGUCUGCAUGUAAAGUGCAGACCAACAAGUGCGGCUCAGUGUACGGACCCAGAUGGUCUGGCCUGAACACAUCUGUGGUAUUCGGCUAUUUGAACUUCGUGCUGUGGGCUGGAAACAUCUGGUUUGUGUUUAAAGAGACUGGAUGGCACAAGGGAGGCGCAGCAAGAUACCCUGCCUCAUCCUCAGAAAAACAAGCUACGGCCUUCAACCAGCAGGUCUACAACCAGGGAAGCUUUGAUCAAUCAGGAGGUGCUUUUACUGGAACGGGGGACUUCGCCCAAUCAGAGUACAGCCAGGUGGGAAAUUAUGCUUCGAGUGGGCCCAUCUCCUACACCAAUCAGUAACCCCAUCUGCCUCUUUGCAAUCCCCUAAUACAGGGGACCAAUUUCUAAGGGCAAAGUUCAAUAAUGUGCACCACAGAGGAAGGAAGAGAUUAUUAUAACAGAUAUAUUAAAAAUGCAUCCUUUAUUUCUGAUUAGAUAAAACUUGUUUGUCCAGAAUACUAAUAUGUUUUUAAAAUGAAUGACAGGGAUCCUCAGAUGUAUUGUAUGGUUUUUGACUUUACCUCUCUGUAAAUGUUACCGAAAUAUCACAGUUUACUGAACAAAGGUCAUUACAUCCAAAUGUGAAACUCUGCGCAAAAUUUCUUGCUGCAUCAGAGAACUCUACAAAUCCACUGAUUUUAAUAGAGAUGGUGCGUCUUAAGGAAGAGGAUAACAAAAGUGGCAUUACGUCACUACAACCAAAAGUUUUUACUCCGACGGUCCAUUUGUAAUCUAAAUAGUAUUUCUGCUUCAUUUGAAACUGAACCGAUUCUUUCCACAGCCUCAAAAUGAUUUCUAUUCAUCAAAUGCUCUGUCAAAGCUUUUUCUAGUGUUAUAAAGUUAACAUAAAUUGUUGUUUGCAACCUAUUUUAUUUCCAUAAUGUGACAUAUUUGAAAUAGUGGAACUAUUAUGAAUACAAAGUUGUUAAAAUGGUUUGGUAAAGGGCCAUUGGUUAACACCAUCCAUCGAUACGGGAAUGCCAUUUCAGAGAUGGAGCAAGUUAAUACAUUGUCAUCAAUUAUCUUCAUAAAUAUUAUAAUUUGAAUAACAUUCACAAAUGAAUCGUCCACAAAAAGAGCAGGAACGUGCGUUAAAGAGAUAGUUCACCCAAAAAUGAAAAUUCUGUCAUCAUUUACUCCCCCUCAAGUUGUUCCAAAGCUGUAUAAAUUUUGUUGUUCUGCUGUACACAAAGGAAGGUAUUUGGAAGAAUGUUUGUUACCAAGCAGAUCUCACCCCCCAUUGACUACCAUAGUAGGGGAAAAAAAACUAUGGCAGUCAAUGGGGGGCGAGAUCUGCUUGGUUACAAACAUUCUUCCAAAUAUCUUCCUUUGUGUUUGGAACAACUUGAGGGUGAGUAAAUGAUGAUAGAAUUUUCAUUUUUGGGUGAACUAUCCCUUUAAGAAAGUAAAUGGGGUCUGUUUUGAUUUCAUGUUGACUUUUAAGUGUACCUGUCCUAAUGGUGAUCACCUAGAGCAGGUGAUGCAGGUGUUUGUAAUUACACUAUAUAACAGAGAUUUCUGUUUUCAUUUGUCAGUAUUGAUGUUAGAUUGCUGUUUGUCAGGUUUCUGGAUUUCUUAUCCCUGGAAUAAUGUCAUGCCAGUGGUCGUUGGUUUGGUGUUUGCACUAUUGUGAUUCCACAUUUAUAUGGCUCUGUAAUGUUUGCACUGUAUUUAUGAACUGCAUGAAGUCGUGCCAUAUUAACCUGGUUUCAGUUUGUAUAUAAUUUCUUUCCUCACUAACAGGGUCAUAUUGUCUAUUCAGUGACCUUUAUUAUGAUCACAAGGUGAUUGAAAUACAAUCAACACUUAAUUCCUCUGCUUUCUUAUGUGUUCUCUUCUUCCUUGUCUUUUUUUUUAAAUGCAUGAGGCUUUAUUAACCACAAAGACUAUAAAACAGGUCACACUUUAGAUUAGGUUCCAGUUAACUAUUAAUACGACUUUUGCCUCAAUAAACUCCUAAUUACUGCUUAUUAAUACUUAGUAAGGUAGUUGUUAUUGGUAGGAAUUGGGUAAGAUUAAGGGAUGUAGAAUAUGGUCAUACAGAAUAAGGCAUUAAUAUGUGCUUUAUAAGUACUAAUAAACAGCCAAUAUACUAGUAAUAUGCAUGCUAAUAAGCAACUAGUUAAUAGUGAGAAUUGGACCUAAACUAAAGUGUUACCAUAAAACAAGACAAAAACAUCCCAAUAUAUGUUAAUGUUCUUGUUCUGAUUGCUGUUGCAUUUCAAUGUGAAUGAGUAUCUGUCUUGAUGUACAGUAUUUGCAUUUUCGAUUAAUGGGUGUGAAUGCUUUGAUGCACUUUGUGCAAAGCCAAUAAAAUAUUGUACAUUCCUCUAGAAUGAA